GGUAGGUUUUUGCAGACGGAAGGUGAAAAAAUUUUCCACAUUACGAAUUGCAAAAAAUUUAACAUUUUUACUAAUUUAUCCAUUUGAUUUGAUAUAAUUUUCAAAUUGUGCUCCAUAUCCAUUGUAUUGAAAAUCUGCCUAUUGAAAGUUAAACAUUUGCUCUGGAAAAAGAAAGUUAUUGCGUGCUUGUCAACGUCGAAAGGUUGAAACUGCAGCGCAGCAGGCAACACUCGCUCGCAAACGGGGCAACGUCGCGCUCGCUAUAAUUGUUUGCUUUACUUGAUUAUUCUAUUCGUCGACAAUUGUCGGCCAUAAGCAGAAACAUUUUUUGGUAAAAACUGGUGAAUUAAAUAUAUUUGGAUUGAUACGCGGGUCAUACAGUGAUACAGUCAGAAUCGAAAAUGAGUGGGGGAUUACCGGAAUUGGGCUCAAAGAUCAGCCUAAUUUCGAAAGCUGACAUUAGAUAUGAAGGCCGCUUAUAUACGGUGGAUCCACAGGAGUGUACAAUUGCCCUAUCGAGUGUGCGCUCCUUUGGCACGGAGGAUCGUGAUACGCAGUUUCAAAUAGCACCGCAGUCGCAGAUCUACGAUUAUAUCCUAUUUCGCGGCUCCGAUAUCAAAGACAUUCGUGUUGUGAACAACCAUACGCUGCCGCACCAUAAUGAUCCGGCUAUCAUGCAAGCACAAUUGCAGAAUGGGCCUCAGGUAAUGCCACAGCAUUUCCCAAUGAAUGCGCCACAACAACAACAGCAGCAACAACAGCAACAUACUGGUCCAUCGAUGACUGGUGGUAGUGGAGGUGCACCUGGAGCACCUGGUACUGGUUUUGGAAAUGGCAAUCCAUUUGGUGCCUUGGGAGCACCCAGUCUAGGCCCAGGCUCUUUGGCACCAGGUGCCGGCGCAACAGGCAGUGGAGGACCGUUCAUGAAUAUAGGUGGUAAUCAGCAGCAGCAGCAGCAACCGAAGCCUCAGCAGCAGCCAAAACAAAUUUCCGUUUUAGAUAUGCUAGCGAGCGCUUCGCGUUCCACAACGCCUAUUAGCCUCAUUAUCAGUCCAACGGCCGACAUGACCCAGCAGCACUCCCAGCAACAGCAGCAGCUACAUCAGCAGCAGCAAAACUCUGCACAAGCUCUCGGCGGCGGUGGAGGUGGUAAUGCGCGCGAUGCCGGUCAUAAGCGCCAAAACCAUCAGCAGCAGCAACAACAGCAGCAGAGAGGAGGACCCAAUAUGCAGCAGAAUCAGAGGAACAACCACAACCACAAUAACGAUUUUUACAAUCAUCCCCACCAGCAGCAGCAUCAGCGUGAUCGCCGUGAUUCUGGUCGUCAAAUGGACAACAACAAUUACAAUAACUAUAAUAAUCAACGUAACCGUGGGGGAACUGGCGGUGGUGCUAUGCAGCAACGCGGAGGUGGUGGAAACGGUGCAUGGAAUAUGCAUCGUGGCGGACCACAGAAUCCGAAUAAUAUGAUGAUGCGCGGAAAUCGCGGCAUGGGUACACGUGGGCCAAUGCGACCAAAUCAGCAGGGCUAUCGUCCACAAUCGGCUAAUCAAAAUAAGCCUCGUAACAAGAUCAAAUUUGAGGGUGACUUUGACUUCGAGCAGGCCAACAAUAAGUUCGAGGAGCUACGUUCUCAGCUGGCGAAACUCAAGGUGGGCGAUGAACCCAACAACAAAACCACAGCUACAACAACAGCCACAACAACAGCCACAACAACAACAACAACUUCCACCACUACUGAUCAGUUAAAUGGUGAGACCGAUAAGAAAGACGACUCUGGCAACGAAACUGGCGCUGGCGAUCAUGAGCCUGAAGAUGAGGACGUUCAUAUUGGCUAUGAUAAGACCAAAUCGUUCUUUGACAACAUCUCGUGCGAGGCUGCUCAGGAUCGCAGUAAGAAUAAGAAGAAUGACUGGCGUCAGGAGCGUAAAUUAAAUACCGAGACGUUCGGCGUCUCCUCCACCAGACGUGGCAGCUACCGAGGGCGCAACCAUUAUUAUAAUAAUGGCAAUACGAUGGGCGGUGCCGGUAAUGGUGGUAUGAAUACUGGCUAUGGCGGUGCACCUGGCUAUAAUCGCAACAACUAUCGCAUGGGCGGAGGCGGCGGCAACUAUCGUAACCGCAGCAACAAUCGUAACAAUAAUGGCGGCAAUCGCCAGAGCAACAUAACCAAUGGAAAUGGCAGCGCAGCCGCAGCUCUGAAAGCUGCCAACAAUGCAGGAAGUGCUGCCGGUACAGGCAACACCACGGACACCACGGCAUCCAAUGCCGCAACAACGAAGACAGCCACGUCUACGCUCGCAGAGCAGACGCAACAGGUGGCGGCAGUUUCUCAAUAAUGUCGCACAAGUGGAGAAUCCUUGCCGAACUUUACAAAAAUGAAAAAGAAAGAAAAAAAAAAGAAACAAAAGUCCUACUCAUUGCAAAGCUAGUAACCCGAAUGCAACCCAAUCAAGCGACCGAUCGACGACAAAAAGGCUCUUAUCAUCAUGAAGAAUCGAGUUAUGGAACUAAUGGCAUAAAACAAAAUAAUUGUAAAAUUUUACUUAGUGUUGUAACGCUCAUGACGUCCUGCGCGCACUCUCUGCCCGCCCACCGUGUUGCUUAGCUAUUAAUUAUAUAUGAUCCGCGAGCGUUCAGCAGCCAUAUGGAUAGGUAUUUUGUGUAAAUGGCAUGCUAAAACGCCAAUAGCGAGGCAGCACUUGAUUAUAGUGAGAGAACAUACACACCUCUACAUAUAUUUAGUAAUAAAUGUGAAGAAAACAAACAUUAAGCAUAAGUCUAUGAAAAGUUAAAACGAAAAAAAACUCUAGGAGUCGCAAAUUAUGAAAUUAAAGGAAAGAAACAAUUAAAUCCAUGGAAUUCCCAACAUUAAUAAAAACAAAA